CUCUCGCAGUCCCGCAGCUUCGUUUAACAAGUCCCCUUCCUCUGCCGCGCCGUCCUUCAUUCGCUUCCCAAAUUACCGAUCUGCCCUCACUUCCCCGCGCUCCUCCGAUCUCUAACAUUUAAAACGUCUUAAUUGGCAAUGAAGAAAUACAAAUGUCUUUUUUUUCCUUCUGUGAAAUAAAAUCCUCGAAAAGUUUUGAGCAGUGGGCAAUUUGGUCAAUAAUGAUUUUACGCGGUUGGUGGGAGGGUAUUUUUAUUCUUCUCAUAUAAAACAAAAAACAACAGUGCAUUAGUGACUAUAACUUCUGAGCCGCUCCCUUUCCGUUGUGUGUGGUUAGUGAGUAAGAGUAAAUCAGUGCAAGUUCGAGCAAUGGCUGCGGAAGAUGGUAAGGACCCUCGUCUUGCUAGAAUUUCAUCUGCUAUCAGAGUCAUACCGGACUUCCCCAAGCCAGGGAUUUUGUUCCAAGAUAUAACAACGUUGCUUCUCGAUACCAAGGCUUUCAAGGAUACCAUUGAUUUGUUUGUUGAGAGGUACAAAGACAAAGAAAUCUCUGUUGUUGCAGGUGUUGAAGCUAGAGGCUUUAUAUUUGGCCCUCCUAUUGCAUUGGCCAUUGGGGCAAAAUUUGUGCCUAUGAGAAAACCGAAUAAGUUGCCCGGGAAGGUUAUUUCUGAAGAGUACUCUUUGGAGUAUGGAACAGAUAUAAUGGAGAUGCACGUGGGAGCUGUAGAAGCGGGAGAGCGUGCCUUGAUCAUAGAUGACCUCAUUGCAACAGGGGGAACCUUGGGUGCUGCACUCAGGCUUCUUGAGCGUGUUGGAGUGCAUGUGGUUGAGUGUGCCUGUGUGAUUGAAUUGCCAGGGCUAAAGGGACGGGAGCGAUUGGGGGACAAACCAUUAUUUGUUCUAGUUAAUGGAGACGCAUGAGCAUGGUUCUGUUGUUGGACGUAAAGUUCUUUGUCGUUUGAGUUCCUGGUUUUUCGAGCUGCAGAUUUCAAAGACAACAACUUUAUUGUUAGCAGGGGCCUAUGGUUGUUGAUUAUGAAGUGUUUGUUUACAUUCGAUGAUUGAAGAGAUGAAAAGAAACUUGGUAGAUGUAUGUUAUAUGUACUAAGAAUAAAUAAUUUGUUGCUUUUCUAUUUUCCCUUAUGAUUUGAACAUCAAGUCACCGAAGUAAAAUGAUCUCAAUUAUCUCU